AUGGCACUCCCAAAUGUUCUGUUCUGUACAAAGCAUGAAUUUUUCAAAAAGUUGAUCUACAAGCAUCUCAAGCUGCCCAGCUUCAAGGAGAUUGAAAUUGAGGCAAGAUUGGGUAGAAUUACCAACCUGAUAACCAAAAAGAGAAUAAACUACCAAGUAGAGCAUCCCAUUGUCUUCUCAAGGCUGCCCAACGAGCUUUGUUUUGAAAAUGGAGUUGACAAGCAGGACUUCGCACAAAUUAAAAACACAAUUAUGGAGGGACAGCGAACCAACAAUAUUUGCGAUAAAGUGACAAUAUGCAAUAAAAUCAGACGAAUUGAAUCCCCCGAAGGCACAGUAUAUGAAAAGAAAGUGCGGCUGUCAUCUUUUGACAUUUAUUUACCGGAGUUCAAGUAUGACAUUAGAAUUUCAGUGAGUAAGGAAACCAAGGCUGAAGCAAGGGACUUUUUCAAUGCAAAAAAUCCAUUUACACGAACAAGAGAAAGAGUGUCGUGCCAGUCAGGUCCAUUUUCAUUUGAUUUUACCAAGGCCUCAAAGGGGAUGGAAAAUGGCGAUUCGAAAGUAUUUGAAGUAGAAAUGGAGCUUAAAGACCCAGAUAUUGGAUUGGACGGCUUUGUUGAUAUUCUGUUUAACCUACCCGUUAUUAAAAGAUGA